UUCUUUUUAUUAUUAUUUAUUCUUCUAUCUUCCAAUUCCGUGUGCCUGUUGAACAUUUCAAACAAUCUGGUGGUGUCGAUGAUAGGAAAAUCCAUUGGGUUGAUGACAUCCUGUUAUCGAGGAAUGCCCAGCUUAAACCCCAGGGUGAAGUUUAAUUUGUGGAACAAAACUGUGGUCCUGUGUGACCCACAGACUGAUGGUGGUGGUUGGGUAGUCAUACAGCGACGUAAAAAGGGGGAUGUGAAUUUCUUCCGCUCGUGGAAUGACUACAAGAAAGGGUUUGGAACUGCAGACAGCGAUUACUGGAUCGGCAAUGACAACAUCCACGAUCUGACGUCACAGGGUUACAAUGAACUGCGAGUGGAUUUUGAAAUAGACGGGGAAACAUCUUACGGUCAGUGGUCAUACUUCAACGUGUCUGACGAGGAAUCAAACUACCGACUCACUAUCAGUGGCAUUUCUGGGACAAUCUUUGACAACCUGUUGGAAAAUAAUGACGAGAUUUUCAAAACUUACGACAGAAACGACUAUAAUCAGUGUGCAAGAAACAACCGUGCGGGAUGGUGGUUCAGAGGUUGUGGCCCCAGCAAUCUAAACGGAGUGUGGGGCGCUCAAGACAGAAGUGCCAUUGCCUGGGGGGAUGAUAAAAAGUUUUCCAGCGUGGAAAUGAAAGUCCGAUAUUCAUAG